AUGACAAUCAUCGUCUUCCUCAUCGACAACAGCGGGUCCAUGGCCUCUAAGACGGUCAACGGGUUGAGUUAUAUGGACUUUGCGAAGCAGUUUGUAGAAGGAUUUUUGAAGGUAUGGGAUUUUUUCAUACGUUAUGUAGUUUUAGGUAUAUCAUGGUCGAUUCUUGACGCUUGUCUCUCAUUUUUUGGAUGAACAAGCUUAAGAUAUCAGUCUUCGAUUUGCUAGAAAUAGAUUUUGAUUACUUUUGUUAGAUUUUGAGUUUUGAAGAUAUUAAAGUAGGCGUUUUUUCAGCAAAGACAACGUGAUCCGAUCUCAAAAAAUGACCGUUAUAUGCUCAUGGGCUUUGAAGAAUAUCCUUUUAACGUUAAAGUAAGUUAGUGAUUUUGUUUUUUGUUGAGUUUUUAGGCUCCCCGCGGAGGUAUAAUUUUAUUCUAUUUGUUAUAUUGUCGUAGAUAACAAAAAUUUACUGUGUAACGUAGACAACUCAGUUCUGUAAAAUUAUGGAUUUGCACUGAAUUUUGUUUAUUUUGUGAUGUAAUAUGUUGUCUUAAGAAGCAAUAUGGACUUUCUUGUUCGGUAGCUUGUCCAACAACACAUUAUAUUAUCUAAUAUUGUUUUAUACCUAAUCCAUUUUCAGUCCGGUUGGCGAGAAGCGCAAAGUCAUUUUAACGAACAAUUACGACAACUCAGGCCUUCUGGAUCUUCCAGCUUUGUUGAAUCUCUAUAUAAUGCUAUAAGAUUUGUUAAUUUGAACCGGGUUCAAACGGGUAUUGAAAACUACGGGUAUGGACGGUAUCCAUCAUUCUCGGAGCCGGUUGUUUUUAUUGCUGUUGUGGAUUACAACAGUGUUGAUAUCUCAGAAGAUUAUGUAGGUUUUCGUGUUUUUAUUGCGGUGUAUUAGGUAUGAGAUUAGAUGUUAAAGGCUUUGAAAGCGAUCUCUUGAGCUUAAAACUACAUUUAAACCUUGUUAUAAGUGUUUAAGUAGUAAAAGCAAAAUUUUUAUGCUAAAAAAUAAUGAAACAACGUAUUUCAGGUAAAAGACGGGUUUCCAACGCUUCCACAACCUCUGGGUGAUCUAACUGAUGAGCCUUUCCGAUGGGAUCAUCGCCUUUUUGUUGUAGGACUUGACAUUCCGGGUCAUUCACCAAUACGAGAUUUAUUCGAAGGACUAGAUGAAGACGCAGAAGAAGAUGUUGUUGAUGAUUCUUUGAGCUUUUCUAGUCCUGAACUGAAAAGUUUUAUAUCUAGAAUGAAUGGUAAGCUAACUUAGCCACUACUAUAGUAGUUCAACACAUGUAUCUUAAUAAUUUUUCACAUAACUAUGAUUUUAAAGAAUAUUAUUAUAUUUUGUACGAUAUUUAUACUCUGUUUCCACAUUAAAUUGACUAAACUUUAGGUAAACUCUACCGAAUGAAAACAGCCAAAAACAUGUCGGGUAUAUUAGAUGCGGUGCUACAGAAAAUCCAGGUGAAUGGAGUAUUUGUGAGGUUGUCAAAGCAUGGUGCAGAUCCGCAAGCACCCAAAAAUCCGAUUCCAGAAGUGCCAAAAGAAACGUCAGAGCCGAAAACAGGAAUUUAUAUGGUUGAUGGCGAAGCUAAGGAUGAUUAUGUACCUAAAAAUGAACAGCGUAAGCUUAUGUUUUGCUAAAAUUAAGGCUUCAUAUUUUUAGGGGAACUAAAAGAGGUAUCUAAAAAUUCAUAUGGGUCAAAAAGUUUGUAGAAAGGCAGUUAUUUUCGUCUUUUUAUUAUUAAUGUUCGUUUUUAAUAAUUUUGUGGAAAAGAAAUUAAAAUAAAUAAUGAAAAUGGCAAGCCAAGUCGUAUUUUACUAAAAAAUUGUUACCUAAUACAAAAAAUUAAAAACUUGACUUUUAGCAUCAGAACCAUUUAAAGAAGAAGUAGUACAAGAGAAUGGCGACUGGAAGAAGAGUGUGGUACUAUUUCAUAGAGGUAACAAGGUACAAUCAAGUGGGCAAUCAGCUUGGCCCAUUCCUGAAGGCUUUUGGCCUGAUCAGACUGUGUAAGUUAAUAUUUUUGUUUAAUAAACUAUAAAAAAUGAGGAAUACUGUAACUUUUGUUAGUCAAAAUUUUGUUUUUAUGUUGUAGCAGAUGGAAACAAAAUUAUAAAAAGUUUUCAAAAAAUUGAAAAAAAUUUUAAAUUUUAUUAAAAACUUAAAUUUUAUUAUUUUCAGACUACAACUCCCACCCCGCAAGGUAUACCCAGAGAUCUUGUUCCGUUGCGAAGAGUCGGAACAAGUCAGUCUAGCCAACUUUCCUUUUGACAAGUACGAAGUCGAGUCAGGGCCUCUAACUGAACAUAUCUUGAGUCGACGAGAUCCUUCCUCUUGCUGGCAACUUUUUGUCAGCAACUCCUACAACAAACCGGGUAUUGGGUUUCCGUUCGGGUACAUCAAGGCAGCUUCUAACCUACAAAGUGUCAAUGUCUUUGUGUUUCCUUACAACUACCCACUACUGUUCGCUAUUCUGGAGGAAAGUAAAGAUGAAAGGUUAAGAGGGACAGACGAGUUCAAACAGAAGUUGGAGAGGUAUUUCAGGACGAUACCUAGCUACUAUGUUGUGGUAGGUUUGGAUAUGAAAUUUUUGUUUAAAUUUUGAAAAGUUGGGGGGGGGGAUUGUUUUUUUUUGGUUUAAUGAGAAAAGAAUGGCGCAUUUAUUAGUUGAUGCAAAAAAAAUGGCGCGUUUUGAAGUUGAAGCAGAAAAAUUGUUUAAAGGAUGUCUUACGAUUGAACUUUUUGUUCUAUAUUGCACUAGAUGGCCUUAAAACUUUUAAUGUCAUCACUUUCAGCCUCUAAGAAAAGUUCUGGUCAAGUACCCGAUCUCUCACCCCUUACUUGACGAUGGAAAACCCUUCCAUUUCCUUCACUUCUCGGUAAUGCAGUCCUUUAGUAAGGCCAAAACUCAAGGAAAAGAAGACUUUGACAAGACUUGUGGUGAGAUUCAGAAAAUGGAGAGAAGACCCUUUAUCUCCGCUAGUAUGGCACUACCUAUGGCUACUGUAACAAGAACAACGUUGCCGGAUACUAUUGCACAGAAGAAAAUAGCACUAUUGAGUAGUUAUAAACAACAAAUUCAGCCACUAUAUAAGGAUGUUACGGUAGGUUUUGGGGUGGCUUACCGAAUUUAAAGGGAGGUUACUAUAAGUUCUGGCUUAGAUAGAAGGAAAAAGGUAUUAAUUACAAAGAUUUAUAUGAGUGACGUGUUUCAGAUAGCCAUAACCGAAACCCGGAUCUCAAAAGACACUGCCCAACGUUUUUUAAACCCAUAUCUAAUCGAAAGAGACGACAUUAUCGACCAGUUAGAGAAAAUGCGAGUCAAUCUAGAACUCAACUUCACAAACUCAUCUAUCCCAGCACUAGAAGGUGGUGUACCAGGCCAAAGGAUACGAUUACAACAUGCUGAAGAUCUGCAUGCUCAACCAGUUCAAAAGAUGGGCGAUUUCAAUUUGUAUGCAAAAAGAUUGGCAGAAAUUGGCUUGGCACCAUUGAGGGACUUUGAACCGCCUCAGGCAAAGCCUCACGCUUUUGGAAAUCCAUUCAAAUUGGACAAGAAAUCCAUGGCUAUUGAUGAAGUGCCAGCUGAUCUGAACGAAGGCCCAGACACGGCUCAGAUGCUACAACAAGAGAAGGAAAAGAACGAGAAGAGUGAUAAGAACGGGAAGGAGAACAGAAAGAGGGCGGCUUCAGAGCCAGUCAAUGGAGCCACGCCUUUGAAAAUGCCGAAAAGGAGGGUUGGGCCGAUCGAUCAGAAUACUCUGAAUAGGUGGAGGUAAGGAUUGGGGUGUUAUAUUUUAUUAAGAAAGCUCGGCCUUGAUGCUAGGACCUGGUCUAGAGAUAGAGGUAAAAUUUUUUUUGUAGAUAAGGAAGGGUAAGAGGUAUUUUAUAUAAAGGUAUGAAAAAAAGUAAAGCGAGGAUUGCUUACCUUUCUAAACUUAACAACCAUAAUUUCCAGAAAGCGUCGAAACAAUGGCUUAACAGACUCCGACGCUUCAUCCGUCGUAUCAGACGUCGGCUACAUCAACGAUCUGGACGAUAACAACAGUUUUGCACAGCCAAAACGGCUACGAUACGCUGAGUCAGAGCCUGGAGAUGUAAAUUUAAUGAUUUGUGAAGAUGAAGAUGAAGAACAAGACCGUCAAAUCAUCGAAGAAACUCCAAAAUUUAUGGAAAUAGAAACGAAUAGCAUGGAUUAUAAUGAAAAAGAAGAAAAGAUUAAGAACAAAGAAGAGAAAAUAAGCAAAAAAGAUGAAAACAUAGGCCAAAAUGAAGUGAAAACAAAUGAUAAUGCCUGGAGAAUACUUGAAACAGAUAGGAUAUUACCGGAAAACGACAAAAGAGUAGCUGAAAUAGAAAGAAGAAUAGCGGAGAAACAACAAAAAGCGAUCGAAUUGGGCAAGAAAAUGGCUGAAAAGGAUAGGAAAACAAACCAAAAAGACAAUAAACAAACUGAAGGUCAGAAAAAGAAUGGCAUUGAUAAUGCAGUAGAAUCAUCCUCAUCUUCAGCAUCAUCAGAAGACGAAGAAGAUCGACAAGAACGGCUCCUGGACGAUUGUUUCGACAACGGGAAGCCUAACAAUGGUGUAGGGAAGAAACCAGUUAUAAAGGUACCAAUCACUACAUCUGACUUACCAUCAUGUAGCAAGGAUCCAGAAGUUUUAGUUUCACCAAAGAAGGCAGUUUCGUAUGAGGAAGAUACACCUAGGUUGAGUAGGAAUGAAGAAUAUCAAAUGAAGGCGUCGAUCAGGAUAGCGAUCAGGAAUCAUAGUAGAUGUAGGUUUUUGAAGUCUUUGAUAUUUUAAAAAAAGUACAGUAUUCCACUUUUUGCGGUGUUAAAAUUUCAUAAUAUUAAAAAAUUGAUAAACCUUUGUUAAUAUACUUAAAAAAUUUACAUUUUCAGCCUUUGACUCCUACCAAACCAUCCUAAAAUGCACGAACAAGUGUUCAGUACGAGAACGCUUCAAAAUGCUUCAAUUUGCCAAAAGCGAAUCGACGAUGCAUCGACUGGUCGAAGUGGAGCGAAAACUCGACCAAGACCUUCAAAACCUAGCUCAAUGUAUUCAAUUCGACGACGACGUUAGGCAGUCGCUGGCCGACUCUCACUCUUUAUCUUCUUCUACAGCUGAUUCCGAUGAAUAUCUGACCGAUUAA